AUGGCCAAGGUCAAUACCCAGUACUCCCAACCCUCCCUGGCUCACCUUACUGUAAAGAGCAUGGACAGAGAUCUCAACUGCAUUGAAAAUGGCCUCAGGGUCCACUCACCAUGUGAGGAGACAUCAUCUGCACUGCAGGAAGAGACCGCCAUGGAGACCAGAGUGUCAGCUGGACCCAGGCACAGCUCCUUCACUAGCCAGACACCUGCCAGGUUGUCUCGCCUCGUCAUCUCGCUGCGUGCAUGGGCUGCCAGACACAUACACCAUGAGGACCAGACACCAGAUUCUUUUCUAGCGCGUUUCCAGGGAGCUGAGCUUAAGGAGGUAUCUACCCGAGAGAGCAAUGCCCAGUCCAAUCUGGGAAGCCAGGAGCUACUGGACAGAGGGAAAAGCACCUGGCCCCUGGCCAGAAGCAACACUAACACUUGCAACAACUCUAAGGAGGAAAAGAAGAAGGACACUAUUGUGGUAGACCCCUCCAGCAACAUCUACUACCGCUGGCUGACUAUGAUUGCCCUGCCAGUCUUCUAUAACUGGUGUCUGCUUGUGUGCAGGGCCUGUUUUGAUGAGCUUCAGUCUGAGCACCUGAUGCUGUGGCUGGUCCUGGACUACUCAGCAGAUGUCCUCUAUGGCCUGGACAUGCUGGUGCGUGCCCGAACAGGUUUCCUCGAGCAAGGUCUAAUGGUCAGGGAUGCUAAGAGGCUAUGGAAACAUUACACAAAGUCUUUGCACUUCAAGCUAGAUGUAUUGUCUCUGGCUCCCACGGACUUGGCUUAUUUAAAGCUGGGUAUAAACUACCCAGAACUGAGGUUCAAUCGCCUAUUGAAGUUUUCCCGGCUCUUCGAAUUUUUUGACCGCACAGAGACAAGGACCAACUACCCCAAUAUGUUUCGGAUUGGGAACUUGGUCUUGUACAUCCUCAUCAUCAUCCACUGGAAUGCCUGUAUCUACUUCGCCAUUUCCAAGUUCAUUGGUUUUGGCUCAGACUCUUGGGUAUACCCCAACAUCUCCAAGCCAGAAUAUGGACGCCUCUCCAGGAAGUACAUUUACAGUCUUUACUGGUCCACCUUGACCCUGACUACCAUUGGUGAGACCCCACCACCUGUGAAAGAUGAAGAGUAUCUCUUUGUGGUCAUAGAUUUCCUGGUGGGUGUUCUGAUUUUUGCCACCAUUGUGGGCAACGUGGGCUCCAUGAUCUCAAACAUGAAUGCUUCCCGGGCAGAGUUCCAGGCAAAGAUUGAUUCCAUCAAGCAAUACAUGCAAUUCCGAAAGGUGACCAAAGACUUGGAGACACGAGUUAUCCGGUGGUUUGACUACCUGUGGGCCAACAGAAAGACAGUGGAUGAAAAGGAGGUGCUCAAGAGCCUCCCAGACAAGCUGAAGGCUGAGAUCGCCAUCAACGUGCACCUGGACACCCUAAAGAAGGUCCGCAUCUUCCAGGACUGCGAGGCGGGACUGCUGGUGGAGCUGGUGCUAAAGCUGCGGCCCACUGUGUUCAGCCCUGGGGACUAUAUCUGCAAGAAGGGGGACAUCGGGAGGGAGAUGUACAUCAUCAAGGAGGGCAAGCUGGCUGUGGUGGCUGAUGAUGGGAUCACCCAGUUCGUGGUUCUCAGUGAUGGCAGUUACUUUGGGGAGAUCAGUAUCUUAAACAUAAAGGGGAGCAAGUCGGGGAACCGCAGGACAGCAAACAUCAGGAGCAUUGGUUAUUCCGAUCUGUUCUGCCUCUCCAAGGAUGAUCUGAUGGAAGCCCUCACCGAAUAUCCUGAUGCCAAAAAAGCCCUGGAGGAGAAAGGGAGGCAAAUCCUGAUGAAGGACAAUCUGAUUGAUGAGGAUGUAGCCAAGGUUGGGGCGGACCCCAAGGACAUCGAGGAGAAGGUGGAUCACCUGGAGUCCUCCCUGGAUACCCUGCAGACCAGGUUUGCCCGGCUCCUGGCCGAGUACAAUGCCACACAGAUCAAAGUGAAGCAGCGCCUCAGCCAGCUGGAGAGCCAGGUGAAGGUGACUGGGAGUGGCCUCCUGGACGAUGGCAGGGUUCCUGAGGAUGCUGCAAACACUGGGGACACAGGACAAUGA